AAUAGAGUGUUUCCAGGUCUCGCGGGAGGGUGAGUUGACUCGGCAAUGGCUUACGUAGAGGCAUUGUUGCCAGACAUUCUCUCAGAUUGCGCUUGUCUCAUCAUCUGACGGCCAGUCGCUAUGGUUCCUGAUCGUGAUUGGUUCGGAAUCGCAGCGAAGAGUGGAGAUGUCGAGGGUCGAUAUGGGCUGCGUGGCGACAUUUUCGCUUCCCGCUGGUACGCACCGACCGCGCUGAGCCGCUCCUACCUGUAUCGGAUGACCAUCUUCAGCGGAGAGUCGGUGCGGUGGUCGUGGGGCUGCUGCUGCUGCCUUCUGGCACACCUUCCGCAUGCUCUUUGGAGCUAUCACAGCGUUCUUCAGUGUACUGUUCCUCAGCUCCCUGGGCAUGCUCCUCUACUACAAUGACACAUCAUCAGAGUCAGAUAAACAGCAAUUAUAUGAUAAUGUUGAAUCUCUGCUGGUUUGCUCUCGAGUUGUUGGAGCCUUUAUGGCCAUCCUCGUCUGGAUUUCCAGUCAUGAUGCGUGGUUCUUCACGAUGUGGACCGUGACGUUUAGAAGGCCUAGAGUUGCAGUAUCAAGCAACCAGAUGAACACCCUAGGAUUUAACUCCCAUUUAUACCAUAGCUACAUAACUUCUAUCAUGAACUAUUAGUCUUUUCACUGUAAAGUUAUUGAAACUU